GCUCAUUGAAAAAUCUUCGUAUUUCCAAGGCCUGCUCCGCGGGAGCUUUAGGUAACUUGUAACUUUUAGUUUUACCGGUUAUUGGCUAAGCCUUUGUUUGGUUGCCGACUGCUGAGAAAAUUCAGUAUAGAAUGGAAAACACAGGUUUGAAACAGCUCAUUGUGGCCAAUUCCUCAAAUUAAGUCGUUCAGGAUAUUUUGGUUCUCUCGAUUAUAAAGUAGUAUGAGUUUAAUAAUUUUCAAGAAAUCGUAUUUCCUAUCUUGUUUUAUGUUCUCUUGGCAGCCAAAUGAAUCUUGAGGUGCAAUGAAAUUUUUUCUGUCAACGUAACAUAAAGAAGGACGUCCUCUUUUUCGGUUUUAAUGAGUUUGCUGCUGGAUCUUCUGCUUGGUUGAGAUUAAUAUUAUUGCCAAAUGUGUCUUUAGUCCUGAAACGCUUGAACCUGAUAUAUUUAAAUCUUCUCCAGUGAAUCAUGUCUUGACAGUACACCAAUUCAGUGGAACCUGGAAAUAUUUGUGCAUGUUCUUAAGUGCAUAUACGGGUGCCCAUUACAUUUCACUUCAAAAAAUUUCGUUCCUCUUUUUGAGGUAAACAGUUGGCUUUUUUUAGAAGUUUUGCUAGUACCCUAAUGGUGUGCAAUAUGGAUCAGGCAAUCUGGAAUGUUUUACACUUUUGUUUUAGGAAGUUUAACUGUUUAAGCUGGUGAAUUACUUAUUUCUUUCAAAAGUUAACCUUCGUGCAUAAAGAUUUUAAUUAAAAAAUAGGCGAUAGUUAUCACACACAACAGAACAGUGUAGAUAGUAAUCUAAAAACCUCAAAAAAUCUCCCUUAUUUUAUUCUUACCAAGUGUGCCAAAAAGUGAGUUUUUUUUGUUCAGAGGUAUGUUCCCUGUACCUUCCAAUAAACGAAAAGAAAGCAAAAACCCUGCACAUAGGAUUACCAUUUUAUAUUCUAACUCUUAGUUAGGGGACAUGUAAAGCCUGCCUCUGUUGUACCACCUAGGCAUAAGCAGAUAGUCAUAUACAUACUUCUGUCGUGCAUAUUGUAGUGAUCAUGUUCCAAGUAACUCACUUGGCCAAUCCUCUUCCUUGAAGAUCUACUUUGAUGGCAUAGCCAUAACACUCAAUAUGCUGGCACCUCAUUUCUCUGACUGGAGAUUAGUGAUAGUAGCACUGACUGAAAAAUUGGUAAGAGUGAUGUAGGAUUAAUAAAUGCAUCAGCGAGAUUCAUUUUCAUAUUUAACAUUUCUCAUGUACUUCCAUGUAUGAUCCCUUCAGUGUUACUUGAUUUAGGAAGAGAAAACCCUAUAAAAGACAUUGAAGGCCUUCGGGCUUAGUGUGAUAAAAGUGUGGGCCAGUAAAUCGUGUUAUUUCUUGGCAUUAUUGUGUAUAAUUAUCUAUUUUCUUAAACAUUAAAUUUUUCAGAACAUCUUCCUUCAGCGUUUAUCAGCUGAUAACUACAUUGCUGUGUCCUUACAGUUUGAAAAAAAGAUACUGAUGUAUAACUUUUGCAGUUCAAAUUUAAUGGUCCAGUUACUUGAACCCCUUUCAAAAAUCAUGUGCUAAUCUUCCAGGGUGCACUUUAUUUUGGGGUGGAGACGCUCAUCUCAAAGUGUAAAACUUGGUUUUCUGAAGUAUCUUCUCCCAAAGGGUCAGGGUCUUUGCAAAUAGAAUUGGAUGAUUUGAUUCAUAUAUGGAUAUUUGGUUUAGAAUUUGAUGUGGGCCAUGACUAGCAAAGUUUUUGGCAACGUUCCAUACAAUUUGUUAUUAUCUUGCUUAGAUCAUCCCUAUUUGACUGUUGACAGUGAGAUGCAUCUCUCUGAUGCACUUUUAGUUUGGCUUAACGCUAACUCAAAACAACUGGAAAACUUCAGCAGAACCGGCGAGCAUUGUCAUGGCAUCUUUAGACAUGUCCGCAUUGGCCUUUUGCCAUUGUGGUUUGCUGCAGGGAAAAGAAAUUCUUGUUAUUUCUCUAAGGUAUUUGAGGAGAGCAUUGACUUAAUUUUUAGACUAGUUGAUGCUCCACCAAUAACUUCCAUGAAUGUCUUGGAACAUGCUGAUUUGCACCAUCUCAAGAUUCGGUUGACAGAAUAUUCUAAGAAGGUGAACCUUUCAGGUUGUCCACAGAUAACAUUAGCCACUCUUCUCCUGUCGGUGCUUCCUGUAUCAUAUAGUAUGGACCCCACCUUAAGAAAGAGUAUUAAACAACUUUUAAUUGGCCUUGAGCGUCAUGAGAGAGAUCAAAGUCCAAUUCCACAGGGUUUGCUGCCAAUGUUAUCCUUUGAAGCAGUACAGGAGAUAGAUAUUUCCAAGUGCCCAAGGCUACAUCUUGAAGCUUUCAUUACAUGUAUAAGCAAGUCAUUUCCUUCUCUAAGAACACUGAAAGCAGCUUAUCUUUUGAACUUCAAGACAACAGCUUUGCAUCAAUUGGUGCACAGGUGCCCUCUGCUCCGUGAAGUUGACUUAACCAUGGAUAUUAGUCCUCUUAUACCAGCACAAGUUUCGGUUGGAUCCUCAAGUCUAGCUAUAACACCACCACUAUCAAACAAGUCCCUCAGUGUUGGCAAUGAUCCUGCUGAUGUUAUAUCAUUGAAAAAGUCUGGAAUGUCAUUGCCAAAUAUCACAAAGCUCACAUUGGAGGGUCGAAGUGAUAUCUGUGAUUUGGAUCUCCAGUAUAUUUCAAAAUUCUGUUCUUCCUUGCACGAGCUGAACAUUCAAGGGUGUAUAUCAGUGACAGAUGUUGGCAUAUCAAAUCUUCUUGGCAAAUGUAUGAAACUGCAUUCAAUUGUAGUCUGUGAUACUUCUUUUGGGGUAAAUUCAGUUCUUUCUCUGUGUUCUGGUGUUACUAAUCAUGGUAGCUUUCCGGUUGCCCAUCUUGGACGGAAGCAUAAAUCUUUGGCAUUUAGUCUUCAAAAACUGCAUAUGGGUGGCUGCAAGGGUGUCGACGAAACAUCUUUUCGAGAGCUUCUGUCUCAAACACAAACUCUAACGAGUCUUUGCUUGCGGGACACUCACCUUAAUGAUGAAAUUCUGCAUUGUUUCUCAGGUUCUUCCUUGAAGAUGCUUGAUGUUUCUAAUACCAUGGUUUCUGGAGCUGCAUUAGCUCAGAUAGUCCAUGGAAAUCCUGGUUUAAAGCACUUGAGAGCGAGGGGUUGCAGAAAUAUGUUGCAGCAGGAAACUAACACCUCAGAGGGGGAAUUUUCUUCCUUAUAUAAGUGUAAAGAACUGUAUUUUGAGUUGGGCAAGAAAUGCAAAUUGGAAGAAGUGGCACUAGGAUGGGGAUUUUCUUGCUUUUCCUUUGAAGCUCUCCAACCUGCGAUAAAGUCAUUAAAGUCGAUAACUGUGGGUUUAGGCGGAUCGUUGGGUGAAGAUGUGCUACAACGGUUAUCUGCAACUUGUCCUAUGCUAGAGUCACUAAUUCUUCAUUUCCAGGUCAUAUCUGACACUGUUGUAACAAACAUGAUGUCCUUGAGAAAUUUGCGAGUGUUGGCUUUGUGCUAUUGCCUUGGUGAUAUAUCUAUGUUAAGCUUCAACUUUUCUACGCCAAAUCUGAGGAAACUGAGGCUUGAAAGAGUAACCCCUUGGUUGACCAACAAUGAUUUGAUUAUUCUGACUCAGACUUGUGCAAACUUAGUUGAGCUUUCAUUGCUGGGAUGUAAGCUUCUCGGUUCAGAUUCUCAACAAAUCAUCUCACAUGGAUGGCCUGGCUUGACUUCUAUCCAUCUAGAGGAAUGUGGAAAAGUGACGGAAAAUGGGAUUUCAUCUCUUCUCGAUUGCACAGCUCUUGAAGAUCUCUUGCUGCACCAUAAUGGCCCUGGGAUACAGAAGAACUUCAUUUUUUAUGCUGCUUCGAAGUUGCCAAUGCUUAGGAAGUUGUCAUUGGAUUUGUGUGAUGCAAGUGAAGGUGACUUUGACAUUCCAGAUUACGACGAUAAAUGUUUGGUGAGUACUGUGAAGAUAGCGAGAUGCAAGCCCCGGAGAUGUAAUUUUAGCCUCCCAGCUCAUCGAAGACCUGUGCACGAAGAGACGCUAGUACUGGUUCGGAACAGCAAGAAUCUGUAUAGAACAGUUGUGAAGGAAAGACUUUAAAAGAUGCGACAUGUUCUACAUUACUCUUUUCCGUAAUAUCGUUGUCAUAUACUUGGACGUCGGUCGAUAUUUCAGUUGAUUGUAGCCCCGGUUUGCACGAGCAAAUGGUACGAAAAUAUAUAUAUAUAUAUAGAUAAUAAUUUCUCUAGUUUUUUUUCCUAUUUAUUGCAAAAAUAUGUAAAGAUUGUCACUGAAGACUCAGUUAAAUCGCAGAAGCAAACUUUAUAAAUUUUUUUAUUUAAA